CCCGCCCCGAAGAUGGCGGCGCCCUUUGUCUGUUCCGUGUCACUCUGAGCGCCGCCGCCGCCGCCGCCGCCAGUUGGACGGGAUUAUGUGACGCGCCCGGGAUGGCAGCCAUGGACUUCCCGCAGCACAGCAAGCAGGUCCUGGAGCAGCUGAACCAGCAGCGGCAGCUCGGCCUCCUGUGUGACUGCACCUUUGUGGUGGACGGCAUUGACUUCAAGGCGCACAAGGCAGUGCUGGCGGCCUGCAGCGAGUACUUCCGGAUGCUUUUCGUGGACCAGAAGGACGUGGUGCACCUGGACAUCAGCAACGCGGCAGGUCUGGAGCAGGUGCUGGACUUCAUGUACACAGCCAAGCUGAACCUGAGCCCCGAGAACGUGGAGGACGUGCUGGCUGUGGCCGGCUUCCUCCAGAUACAGGAAGUCGUCGGCGCGUGUCGCACGCUGCAGGCACUCGCAGCCCCGGCGGAGACCAGCGCGAUGUGCUCGGCAGCGGCCCCGGCGGCAGAUGGGCAGGAGAAGACAGUUGGCAGGUGUAAAGAAGAGGGGGCCGCCCUUGGGGAGCAGGAGCAGAAGCAGGAACAGGAACAGGACAAGGCGCCGCAGGGCCCCCCCGCUAGACUGCAAGAGGCAGUGAGGAUGGAGGCCCCAGAGGUCGUGGCGCCGCUGCCCCGGAAGGAGGCAGCCGAGGGCCUGGAGCCCUGCAAGAGGCCAGGGGCUGAUGAGGCUCAGGAAGAGGAUGCCUCCAGCGUGCCGGAGACCUCGCAGCCAGAAGCCCCCUCCCCAGUUCCCAGCGGCCCUGCUCCAGCCCCUGCCCGCUUCCCCGUGGGGGGUGCUGCGGAAGAGUCUGAAGCUCCGGGGCUGAAGCUCCCUGCCGAGAUGGAGGUGGAGCUGGAGGGCAGAGUGAGGGAGGAGGAGGACCCCCCGUCUGAGACCGAGGCGUCCGCCAAGCCCCCCGAGGCCCGACAGGCCCGGCUGGAGAACGGCGAUGCUCCCGAGGAGACCGAGUCGGGGGGCACGGACUCUGGGGCGGAGACGGCGGGCGAGGCCCGGCUGCUGCGCUCGGGGACGUACAGCGACCGGACGGAGUCCAAGACCUACGGCUCAGUCACGCACAAGUGUGAGGACUGCGGCAAGGAGUUCACGCACACAGGCAACUUUAAGCGACACAUGCGCAUCCACACCGGGGAGAAGCCCUUCUCCUGCCGCGAGUGCAGCAAGGCCUUCUCCGACCCGGCAGCCUGCAAGGCCCACGAGAAGACGCACAGCCCCCUCAAGCCGUACAGCUGUGAGGAAUGCGGGAAGAGCUACCGCCUCAUCAGCCUGCUGAACCUGCACAAGAAGCGGCACACGGGGGAGGCCAAGUACCGCUGCGAGGACUGCGGCAAGCUCUUCACCACCUCAGGCAACCUGAAGCGGCACCAGCUGGUGCACAGCGGCGAGAAGCCCUACCAGUGCGAGUACUGCGGCCGCUCCUUCUCGGACCCGACCUCCAAGAUGCGCCACCUCGAGACGCACGACACCAACAAGGAGCACAAGUGCCCCCACUGCGAGAAGAAGUUCAACCAGGUUGGGAACCUCAAGGCUCACCUGAAGAUCCACAUCACGGACGGGCCGCUGAAGUGCCGGGAGUGCGGGAAGCAGUUCACCACCUCAGGCAACUUAAAGAGACACCUCCGGAUCCACAGCGGGGAGAAGCCAUACAUCUGUGUGUACUGCCAGCGGCAGUUUGCCGACCCCGGGGCGCUGCAGCGCCACAUCCGUAUCCACACGGGUGAGAAGCCGUGCCAGUGCCUGAUCUGUGGGAAGGCCUUCACCCAGGCCAGCUCCCUGAUCGCCCACGUGCGCCAGCACACGGGGGAGAAGCCCUAUGUCUGCGAGCGCUGUGGGAAGAGGUUCGUCCAGUCCAGCCAGCUGGCCAACCACAUCCGCCACCACGACAACAUCCGGCCGCACAAGUGCAGCGUGUGCAACAAGGCCUUUGUGAAUGUCGGCGACCUCUCCAAGCACAUCAUCAUCCACACAGGCGAGAAGCCCUUCCUCUGCGACAAGUGCGGCCGCGGCUUCAACCGCGUGGACAACCUGCGCUCCCACGUCAAGACGGUCCACCAGGGCAAGGCCGGGAUGAAGCUGUUGGAGCCCGGGGAGGCAGACGAGCUCAACAUCGUGACGGUGGCCUCCGAAGAGAUGGUGACGCUGGCCACGGAGGCACUGGCCGCCACGGCAGUCACCCAGUUGACAGUUGUUCCUGUCGCAGCUCCUGUCACAGCUGAUGAGACGGAGGCCCUGAAGGCCGAGAUCACGAAGGCUGUGAAGCAGGUGCAGGAGGCGGACCCCAACACCCAAAUCCUGUACGCCUGCGACUCCUGUGGAGAGAAGUUCCUGGAUGCCAACAGUCUGGCCCAGCACGUCCGCAUCCACACGGCGCAAGCCCUGGUCAUGUUUCAGGCCGACACGGACUUCUACCAGCAGUACGGCCACACCGCUGCCUGGCAGGCCGAGCAGGUCAUCCCGUCCGGUGAGCUGCUCUUCCGGGCCCGCGACGGGGCAGAGGCGCCACCAGCCCUGGCAGAGGCGCCACCGGCUGCAGCGGAGUGAAAGGGGCCACCCUGGACUGUGGAGGCGGCUGCCAGGAACCCAAGGCCUCAGGGCCAUAUGCCCCCGCCCCAAACUGCUCUCUAAAGGACACGCAACACCGUGCUGUUGUGUUGAUGUAAAACAAAUUAUUUCUGUAUUUGAGAGAAUCUACAACUGUGUUAAUAUGUAGAAGAAAUAAAACCGGUUAUUUUCCAG